UUGCAAACAAUAAAGCAAACUAUAGCAUCCUGUUUGGAGGUAAUCACAGUAGGUUGCCAACAACAUUAAUUAGACCAUAGACCCAUCGUAAAGGGUGCAAGUCAAAACAAAAAGGUGAACUGUACGUGUGCGACCAGGCACACCUUCAGCCAAGUAUUACGCUAUUUUGAUGCAAUAUUACACGCACAACUUGGCCUUCAUUUUAACAAAAUGAUCGGUAAAUCCUUGGCCACUUUUGUGGUCACUGCCCUCUCGGCCAUUGCGCUGAGUGGUAGCAUUGCCAACGCAGAUUCAGGGUCCGGAAAGGUUGAAGGACCAAUUAUCGGUAUUGACCUGGGUACCACAUACAGCUGUGUUGGUAUCUACAAAAAUGGCCGUGUUGAAAUCAUCACAAAUGAGAUGGGAAAUCGUAUUACUCCUUCAUAUGUUUCAUUCACCGAUGAUGGACACAAGGUAGGUGAGGCUGCAAAAAGUGACGCAACCAUCAAUUACACCAACACCAUCUUCGACGUGAAAAGGUUGAUUGGACGCAAGUUCAACGACAAGGAGGUUCAAAAUGACAUGAAGCUUUUACCGUAUGCCAUUGUCAACAAGAGUGGUAGGCCUUACAUCCAAAUUAAAGGUGCAACCACCAAAGAGUAUGCACCUGAGGAAAUUAGUGCUAUGGUGCUUAAAAAGAUGAAACAAAUAGCCGAAAACUAUUUGGGAAAGGAGGUACACAAGGCCAUUAUCACUGUGCCUGCAUACUUCAACGACGCCCAGCGUCAGUCAACCAAGGAUGCUGGUGCCAUUGCCGGUCUUGAAGUUGUACGCAUCAUCAACGAACCCACCGCUGCCGCUAUUGCAUAUGGUAUAGACAGGGCUACCACCGAAUCUAAUAUCCUUGUAUAUGAUCUUGGUGGUGGUACUUUCGAUGUAUCAGUCCUUAUGCUUGACUCUGGUGUCUUCGAAGUCAUCGGUACUGCCGGUGACACCCACCUUGGUGGUGAAGACUUUGACAGGCGAGUCAUGGACCACUUUAUCAAGAUCUUCAAAAAGAAGCAUGGAAUCGAUAUUAUGAAGGACAAACAGGCCGUACAAAAGCUACGUAAGGAGGUCGAGGCCGCCAAGCGUACUCUCUCAUCUACUACAGAAACCACUAUCGAAAUAGAAAACCUCAUCGAUGGUAAGGACUUCAGCGAGACACUCACCAGGGCAAAGUUCGAAAGUCUCAAUGAGGACUUGUUUGUCAAGACGCUAGACACCGUCAAGGAUGUGCUAAAGACUAUACAAAUGUCAAAGACCGAAAUACAAAAGGUCGUGCUUAUCGGUGGUUCAACACGUAUCCCCAAGAUCAGGAAGAUGAUCGAAGAGUUUUUCGGUAAGGAACCUGACUACGGAAUUAACCCUGAUGAGGCCGUUGCUUACGGUGCCGCCAUGCAGGGGGGUGUGCUAUCUGGUGAAUCAACACACGACGUGCUUCUGUUAGAUGUGUGCCCAUUGUCUCUGGGUAUUGAAACCGUUGGUGGAGUUAUGUCAGUUAUCAUCGAAAGGAACUCACUCCUACCAGCACACAAAUCACAGAUAUUCUCCACCUCAUCAGACAACCAAUCCACUGUCACCAUCCAGGUGUACCAGGGACAACGUACCAUGACCAAGGACAACACCCAUCUGGGUAAAUUCGACUUGACUGGCAUUCCUCCGGCACCCCGUGGUGUGCCACAAAUCGAAGUUACAUUCGAUGUCGACACUAAUGGUAUCCUCAGUGUCUCUGCUGAGGAAAAGGGAAGUGGUAAGAAGCGUAACAUCGUUAUUACUCCCGACAAGGGACGCCUUUCACCAGAAGAAAUUGAACGUAUGAUCCGCGAUGCCGAGGCUAAUGCGGAAAAGGAUAAGGAAGUGUUCGAAAAGGUUCAGAGUAAACAGGCGCUAGAGGUCUACCUCGACUCUAUGAAGAAAACGGUCCAAGACAAGGACAAAUUGGCACAUAAAAUCGAAGAUGAUGACAAGGACAUCAUUAUGAAGGCCAUUUCUGAAGCCGAAACCUGGAUGAUGCAACAUCCAGAUGCUGACGCACAAGACAACACCGACAAGCAACGUGAAGUAGAGGCCAUAUGCAACCCUAUCAUCGCAAAGCUGUACGGCUCCAGCGAACAGGCAGACGAUAGUGGCUACAGUGAUGAGCUAUAAACAUGCCUAAUAUCAGUAAAACCAUUU